AUGGUGCAAAAUUUGCUGGAACGCUCGCUGCGGUUGUACAUGUCGAAGAGGGAGGUGGUGGCGCACCUGCAGGCGCUGGCGAACAUCGACCCGGUGUUCACGCAACUGGUGUGGGGGCAGCUGGAGAAGAGUAAUCCGGAAUUUUUUCAGGCGUACGGCGUCAUGGUGGAGGUGAAGGAUCAGAUCAUUCGCUUCAACGCGCUGCUGGAGAAGCAGCACGAGUGGAUGCAGAAGAACGGGGAGGCGGGAGGAGGAGGCGAACCGAAGGCGAAGGCGAAGGCGAAGGCGAAGGCGUCGCCGAAGAGGAAACAAACCGCGCAAACGAAGACACCCGCGGUGGAGGCGGCGACGCCGGCGCGCGCGUCGAACGCGUCGGGGGCGAAAAAGAGCGAAUUACCCGUGUUGACGCCCGGAGUAAAUGCGGGUUUGACGGGGGUCGGCGCCGUCGGCGUCGCGGACGCCGCGCUCUUCGGCGGAACGCCGUACACCGCCAAUCCCGAUCUUCACGAAGAAAUCACCAAGUUGAUGAUGGAAACGCCGUCCAUGAACAUAGCCGUCGCGGAUUUGCAGCUCGAUUUCGAGAAGCACAUGGAAGACCUGAUGCCUCGAGACGCGGACCACCCCGCGAGCUCGCUGCCGCGAGACUUUUCGCUCGACGACAUUCCCGACUUCAACCUCUGA